CGAGCGCCGCGCGCCCAGGCCCGGCUCGCAUGCGAGUCACGUCCGCCCCCUCGCCGCGGCCGCCCCGAGACGCCGGCCCCGCCGAGUGAUGAGAACAGACGUCAAACUGCCUUAUGAAUAUUGAUGCGGAGGCUAGGCUGCUUUCGUAGAGAAGCAGAAGGAAGCAAGAUGGCUGCCCUUUAGGAUUUGUUAGAAAGGAGACCCGACUGCCACUGCUGGAUUGCUGCAAGGCUGAGGGACGAGAACGAGGCUGGCCACCAUUCAGCAGCAGACCCUCUCAAGAUUGUCUACUUGCCCUUGCUCCUGUUGAGUUACCACGAGUGGAAGCAGGAGAUGGGCUCAGCAGCAGCCAACAGGCCAUGACCCAGGAGGCGCAGUGAGGGAUAGAGCUGCUGGUAAGACACUGGGGACAGUUGGUGCUUGUUUGCGAGUAAUUCAUUCAGAGGGCAGCCUUGUGGAUGGCCCCGAAGCAAGCCUGAUGGAACAGGAUAGAAGGAACCAUGUUGAGGGCAACAGACUGAGUCCAUUCCUGAUACCAUCUUCUUCUCCCAUUUGCCAGACAGAACCUCUGGCUAUAAAGCUCCAGAAUGGAAGCCCAUUAACCAAGAGACCUUAUCCAGAAGUAAAUGGAGACACCAAAUGGCAGUCUUUCAAGAGUUAUUAUGGAAUACCCCACAUGAAAGGAAGCCAGAAUAGUCGCGUGAGUCCGGACUUUAUACAAGAAAGUAUAGGGUAUUCCAGAUGUUUGCAAAAUGGAGGGAUAAAACGCACAGUUAGUGAACCUUCUCUCUCUGGGCUCCAUCAGAACAAGAAACUGAAACAAGACCAAAAGGCCAAUGGAGAACGGAAGAACUUCGGGGAAAGCCAAGAAAAAAAUCCAGGCAAAGGCAGCAGUCAACCAAAUGUCUCCAAUGUGAGUGAUAAGAGAGAAUCUGUUAGCUCUGCAGCCCAAGAAAAUGAAGUUAAAGAUUUCACCGGUUUUUCAUCACAUAACUGCAGUGGAUCUGAAAAUCCAGAGCUUCAGAUUCUGAACCAACAGGAGGGGAAAAAUGCUAACUACCACGACAAGAACAUUGUAUUACUUCUUAAAAAUAAGGCAGUGCUAAUGCCUAAUGGUGCUACAGUUUCUGCCUCUUCCAUGGAAAACACACAUGGUGAACUCCUGGAAAAAACACUGUCUCAAUAUUAUCCAGAUUGUGUUUCCAUUGCGGUGCAGAAAACCACAUCUCACAUACAUGCCAUUAACAGUCAGGCUACUAAUGAGUUGUCCUGUGAGAUCACUCACCCAUCGCAUACCUCAGGGCAGAUCAAUUUCCCACAGACCUCGAACUCUGAGCUGCCUCCAGAGCCAGCUGCAGUGGUGACUGAGGCCUGUGAUGCUGAUAGUGCCAGUAAACCAGCUGCAAUGCUAGGGACCUGUCCCUUUCAGAAACCAGAACAACGAAAGUCACUUUUUGAGAUAUGCCCAUCUCUGGCAGAAAACAGUAACAUCCAAGGAACCACAAAGCUAGUAUCUGGUGAAGAAUUCUGUUCAGGUUCCAGCAGCAAUUUGCAGGCUCCUGGUGGCAGCUCUGAACGGUAUUUAAAGCAAAAUGAAAUGAAUGGUGCUUACUUCAAGCAAAGCUCAGUGUUCACUAAGGAUUCCUUUUCUGCCACUACCACACCACCACCAUCACAAUUGCUUCUUUCUCCCCCUCCUCCUCUUCCGCAGGUUCCUCAGCUUCCUUCUGAAGGAAAAAGCACUCUGAAUGAUGGAGUUUUGAAAGAACACCAUCACUACCCCAACCAAAGUAACACAGCUCUUUUAAGGGAGGUGAAAAUAGAGGGUCAACAUGAGGCACCACCGUCCCAGAGUCCUACUCCCUCUACACAAGUAUCCAACCCCUCUCCGAUGCUUCCAGAAAGGCCUCAGAAUUAUUGUGUUAACAAGAAUGACAUACGGACUCCAGGGGCAAUGAUGGUUCCAUUGUGUUCUGAGAAAACAAGACAUCUAUCAGAACAUCUCAAACAUAACCCACCAAUUCUUGGUAGCAGUGGAGAUGCACAGAACCACUGCCAGCAGUUGAUGGGACACAAAGAGCAAGAGAUCUUCAAGAGUCAAGACAAGGAACAGACACGAGACCCUGUGCUCCCAACACAGCCCUAUCUGAAACCAGGGUGGAUUGAAUUGAAGGCCCCUCACUAUCAUCAAGCAGAACCCCAUCUAAAAGGUAAUGAGGCAACCCUGCGGUCAAUUCUUCAGUAUCAGUCCAACCCCUCCCAUCAAAUGACCUCCAAACAAUACACUGGAAAUUCCAACAUGCCUGGGGGGCUCCCAGGGCAAGCUUACACCCAGAAAAUAAUGCAACCGGAGCAGAGACCACCAAGGUACCAAGCUGAGAUGAAUCAAGGGCAGUCUCAAGGUACAGUGGACCAGCAUCUCCAGUUCCAAAAACCCUCACUCCAGGUGCACUUCUCCAAAACAGACCCAUCACCCGAAGCUCACAGACAGUCAGUCUGUGCCCUGAGGUGUCAUUUCCAACAAAGACCAGAUCUCCAAACGGAGAAACUCAUGCCCCCAACAUUAAAACGGCACUUGAAUCAGCAGGCUUCCGAGACUGACCCAUUCUCAAACUCACACCUUUCACAACAUAAGCCUCAUAAGCAGGCAGCACAAACACAAGCAUCCCAGACUUCACAUCUCUCUCAAAACCAGCAACAGCAGCAGAAACUACAGAUGAAGAAUAAGGAACAAAUGCCCCAGACCUUUUCUCAUCCCCAAGGCAACAGUGAUCAGCAAAGAGAAGGAUCAUUCUUUAGCCAGAUUAAAGUAGAAGAAUGCUUUCGAGGUGAAGAUCAACAUUCAAAAUCAAGUGAGUUCCAGACUCAUAAUCCCCAAGUGGGACUGGAGCAAGUACAGAAUAUGAAUAGUAUAAAUUCCCCCUAUGGUCAGAUCUUGAAGUCAAAUGCAAGCAAAGUGCAGAUUUCUUGUUCAAACAAUAUACACGUAGUUCCAGAAAAUAAAGAACAGACUGUAAAUUCUGAACUCUUUGCAGGAAACAAGAUCCCAGACUUGCAUCACAUGCAAUAUUUUCCAAAUAAUGUGACCCCAAAGCAAGAUGUUCUUCACAGGUGCUUUCAACAACUAGAGCAGAAGCCUCAACAAGCUUCAGUUCUACAGGGAUAUAAAAAUAGAAACCAAGAUAUGUCUAGUCAACAAGCUGCACAGCUCGCUCAGCAAAGGUACCUGAUACAAAACCAAGCAAAUGCGUUCCCUUUGCCCAGCCAGGCAGGAAGUCACAUUCAGACCCUGCCCCAGAAGGACAUCCAAAAGCAUGCUGCUCUAAGGUGGCACCUUUUGCAGAAGCAAGAACAGCAGCAAACACAACAACUCCAAGCCGAGUCUUGCCACAGUCAGAUGCAAAGGCCAAUUAAGGUCGAACCUGGAUCCAAGCCCCACGCCUGUAUGCGCCUCAUGUCAGCACAGCCAGAAAACAAAAUGUGGAAAAAGAUACCCAAGCAAGAGAUUCCACCUCCGAGCUGUGAUAACAUGCAGCAGCGGAGCAUCCUUGAGACCAUGGAGCAGCAUCUGAAGCAAUUUCAGGUCAAAUCAUUAUUUGACCAUAAGGCUCUUACUGUAAAAUCACAGAAGCAAGUAAAAGUUGAAAUGUCAGGGCCAGUUACAGUUUUAACUAGACAAACCACUGCUGCAGAACUUGAUAGCCACACCCCAGCUUUAGAGCAGCAAGCAAUGCCUUCCUCAGAAAAGACACCAACCAAAAGAACAGCUGGUUCUGUUCUCAAUAAUUUUUUAGAGUCACCUUCCAAAUUACUAGAUACUCCUAUAAAAAAUUUAUUGGAUACACCUGUCAAGACUCAGUAUGAUUUCCCAUCAUGCAGAUGUGUAGAGCAAAUUAUUGAAAAAGAUGAAGGUCCUUUUUAUACCCAUCUAGGAGCAGGUCCUAAUGUGGCAGCUAUUAGAGAAAUCAUGGAAGAAAGGUUUGGACAGAAGGGUAAAGCUAUUAGGAUUGAAAGAGUCAUCUAUACUGGUAAAGAAGGCAAAAGUUCUCAGGGAUGUCCUAUUGCCAAAUGGGUGGUUCGCAGAAGCUGCAGCGAGGAGAAGCUACUGUGCUUGGUGCGGGAGCGAGCUGGCCACACCUGUGAGGCUGCGGUGAUUGUGAUUCUCAUCCUGGUGUGGGAAGGAAUCCCACUCUCUCUGGCUGACAAACUGUACUCCGAGCUCACCGAGACACUGAGGAAAUACGGCACGCUCACCAAUCGUCGGUGUGCCCUGAACGAAGAGAGAACGUGUGCCUGUCAGGGGCUGGACCCAGAGACCUGUGGUGCCUCCUUUUCUUUUGGUUGUUCAUGGAGCAUGUACUACAAUGGAUGUAAGUUUGCCAGAAGCAAGAUCCCAAGAAAAUUUAAGCUGCUUGGGGAUGACCCAAAAGAGGAAGAGAAAUUGGAGUCUCAUUUACAAAACCUGUCCACUCUUAUGGCACCAACAUAUAAGAAACUUGCACCUGAUGCAUAUAAUAAUCAGAUUGAAUAUGAACACAGAGCACCAGAGUGCCGUCUGGGUCUGAAGGAAGGCCGUCCAUUCUCAGGGGUCACUGCAUGUUUGGACUUCUGUGCUCAUGCCCACAGAGACUUGCACAACAUGCAGAAUGGCAGCACAUUGGUAUGCACUCUCACUAGAGAAGACAAUCGAGAAAUUGGAGGAAAACCUGAGGAUGAGCAGCUCCAUGUUCUGCCUCUCUACAAAGUCUCUGAUGUGGAUGAGUUUGGGAGUGUAGAAGCUCAGGAGGAGAAAAAACGAAAUGGUGCCAUUCAGGUACUGAGUUCUUUUCGACGGAAAGUCAGGAUGUUAGCAGAGCCAGUCAAGACAUGCCGACAGAGGAAACUAGAAGCCAAGAAAGCUGCAGCUGAAAAGCUUUCCUCUUUGGAGAACAGCACAAAUAAGAAUGAAAAGGAAAAGUCUGCCUCCUCUCGUACAAAACAGAUUGAAAAUGGAAGCCAGGUGAAACAGUUGGCAGAACUUCUGCGACUUUCAGGACCAGUCAUGCAGCAGCCCCAGCCCCAACUGCAGAAGCAGCUCCCACAGCCACAGAAGCAGCCACCACAUCACCCCCUCACUGAUAACCCUCAGUCAGAGUCUGUCAGCUCUUACACUUCUUCUGGAUCCACCAGUCUAUACAUGAGAAGGCCCAAUCCAGUUAGUCCUUAUCCAAGCUCUUCACACACUUCAGAUAUUUAUGGAGGCGCCAACCCUAUGAACCUCUAUUCCGCCUCAUCCCAAGCUGCAGGUUCAUAUUUGAAUUCUUCUAAUCCCAUGAGCCCCUACCCUGGGCUUUUGAAUCAGAAUAACCAAUAUCCAUCAUCAUAUCAAUGCAAUGGAAGCAUAUCAAUGGACAAGUGCUCCCAAUAUCUGGGUUCCUAUUCUCCCCAGUCUCAGCCCAUGGAGCUAUACAGGUAUGCAAACCAAGAUCCUCUGUCUAAGCUAAAUCUACCACCCAUCCAUACGCUUUACCAGCCGAGGUUAGGAAACAGCCAGAGUUUUGCUUCUAAGUACUUAGGUUACGGAAACCAAAAUAUGCAAGGAGAUGCCUUCAGCAGUUGUACUCUUAGACCAAACGUACACCAUGUAGGUACAUUUCCCCCUUACUCCGCUCAUGAGAUGGAUGGCCACUUCAUGGGGGCUGCCUCUCGAUUACCAUCCAAUCUGAGCGAUCCAAACACAGACUAUAAAAAUGGUGAGCAUCACCCAUCUUCUCAUUUAAUCCAUAACCACAGUGCAGCUCCGGGCAUGUUCAACAGCUCUCUUCAUGCCCUGCAUCUCCCAAACAAGGAGAAUGACGUGCUCUCCCACACAGCGAAUGGGUUAUCUAAGACGCUUCCGGGUCUUAACCAUGAUGGAACUGCUUCUGUCCAAGAAGGCUUCCACAGAGUACACGACGCUGGCAGUCAGGAAAAGCAGCCUUGUGCUGCCGAGGACAAUGACGAGGUCUGGUCUGAUAGCGAGCAGAGCUUCCUGGAUCCUGACAUUGGGGGAGUGGCUGUGGCUCCGACUCAUGGGUCCAUUCUCAUCGAGUGUGCAAAGCGCGAGCUGCACGCCACGACCCCUUUAAAGAAUCCCAACAGGAAUCACCCCACCAGGAUCUCACUUGUCUUUUACCAGCACAAGAGCAUGAAUGAGCCGAAACAUGGCUUGGCGCUCUGGGAAGCCAAAAUGGCGGAGAAAGCCCGCGAGAAAGAGGAAGAGUGUGAAAAGUACGGCCCGGACUACGUGCCUCAGAAAACCCACGGCAAAAAAGUGAAACGGGAGCCCGCUGAGUCGCAUGAACCCGCCGAGCCCACUUACCUGCGCUUCAUCAAGUCCCUUGCCGAAAGGACCAUGUCCGUGACCACAGACUCCACAGUAACUACAUCUCCAUACGCCUUCACUAGGGUCACGGGGCCUUACAACAGAUACAUAUGAUGUCGCCCCUUGUGUUGGUUACCUCAUUUGAAAAGACCACAACCAAUCUGUCCAUGGUGUAGUUCUUAUGAUGUGGGCAGUGGGGAAAGGACACAGUAUUCCUGACAAAUGUGGUGAGAGGAACCUCAGCUCACCAGCAAAGCAAGAGGUCAUCUUACCAUAGCACUUAAUUUCCACUGACUUCUAAGUGGUCACAGAUGGAAUCUAGGCAAAAGACCAAAGCAUUCUAUGCAAAAAGAAGGUGGAGAAGAAAGUGUUCCACAAUUUACAUUUUUUUAACACUGGUUCUAUUAUUGGACGAGGUGAUGUUUAAAAGUGAUAUUUUUCCCCCUUACAGCUCUACACAUCUGUGACCACUUUUAAUAAUACCAAGUUUGCAUAGUCGUGGAACACAAAUCAGACAAGUACUGUAGUAUUACAGGGGCAGGAAUCUUAAAAUACCAUCUGGUGCUGAAUAUACAAUGUACUGAAAUACUGGAAUUAUGGCUUUUUAACAUGCGGUUUUUACUGUAAUCUUAAUAUUAACUUUUAUUUAUCAAAAUAGCUACAGGAAGCAUAAAUGAAUAGACAGCAAAACACUGAAUUUGUUUGGAUGUUCUAAGAAAUGGUGCUAAGAAAAUGGUGUCUUUAACAGUUGAAAAUUAAUGCCUUUAUAUCAUCAAGAUGCUAUCAGUGUACUGCAAUGCCCCUGAAUAAUGGGCGUACCUUUUCAUUCAAGUUUUUAAUCAUAAUUACCUAUUCUUACACAAGCUUAGUUUUUAAAAUGUGGACAUUUUAAAGGCCUCUGGAUUUUGCUCAUCCAGUGAAGUCCUUGUAGGACAAUAAACAUAUAUAUGUACAUAUAUAUACACACAAAUAUGUAUAUGUGCACAAACAUGUAUAUCUAUAAAUAUUUUAAAUGGUGUUUUAGAAGCACUUUGUCUACCUAAGCUUUGACAACUUGAACAAUGCUAAGGUACUGAGACGUUUAAAAAAAAAAAAAAGUUUACUUUCAUUUUAGAAUGCAAAGUUGAUUUUUUU